AUGAUUUUAAAAAGCAAAGUAAAAGAAAUACUAGCCAUAUGGGUAGCUGCACUGGCUUAUUUACAGAUAGCCAGAUGUGGAGUGUCAAAAGAUGAUAUUCAGGAAAUAGAUGAGUAUUGGACUAAUAGGAUAGAUUCUAUAAGAAGAGAAGUUGAAUUACGUUCGGUAGUUCUUAGAGAACUAGGCUCUAGGCCUAAGGGGCUGACAUUCAAUAAGAAUAUGUUCAAAAUGAUAAGAGAAGAGCUAAAGAAAGGAAAGAAUGUUAUCUCAGAGAUAAGAAGACCAAUAGAACAUUUUAAUGAAUGUGCAGAACAGAUGAAAAGUAUACUAUGUGAAUUAACAGAACUGUCAGUGGAGAUAGAAAACAAAGGAUGUUCUUCCAAGUCGGAGGAAAUCCAAAAGUAUAAGACUUUAUUUGAGGGAAAAAAGGCCGAGUUAGACAAACUACUCUAUCCGCUCUUCAAUAAUAGUACAGUGCUAGUCAACCAAAUACAGAAGGCUGAUUCGUAUAUUAUAAAUGUUCUAGAGGGUUAUAGCACACUGAGUAAUAAAGAAAUUAAGCUGCAUGAUCUAGCUCUGUUUAAGCUAGCAAAGAACAGAAAGAUAAUAGCUGCUAGCAUAAUAUAUUUUCUUUAUAGUAUAGACCCAUCCAUUCAAUCUGCUGAUCUAGAAGAUAAACUAGGCUUCAUGUCUAAAGUAAUACUAGGACAUAUUCCAAGAGAAAAUGCAGAACUUUUUACCAAUGCUAUAAGAAAAGAUGUAGAGAAAAAUAAGAUAGCUCCACUGCUAGCAGCUGAUAGACAACUUCACCUGCUAUUUUAUACGAAUGAGUCUAAGUUCGUAGUAGACGAUGGCAUAGUGAAUGUGUACAUUAACCUAAUAAAGCCAGAUGUUUCUGUUGAAGAACUAAAACAGCGCAAGAACAUAACACCAGUACAGGUUGUGAGGGUAAUAAUGAUAGAGUAUCUGAUGUCUGGCUAUCUUCUAGACCACAGAAUGAAUAGGGCGUUUUUUUCUCUAGGAAGAGUAAUAGAAUCCAUGUUUAAACUAGAAACUGGAGAUAAUGUUUCUUACAUAAUAGUAUUAGCAAGAUUAAAACAGGAUAUAAUGUUGAAUGCUAUAAGUCUUAUGUGGUGUGAUCGAGAUACUCUUAUUGACGAGAUGUACAAUGAUUUUGAGAGGUUUUGCUCCAAGAAUUAUCUUCCACUAGGCACUCUUAAAAAAGUCCAGGAUGCUUUCAAACACUCCAAGUGGCUCUAUAAACUCGACAGAUACAAUCCAAUGAAAUGCUUUCCAGCCGAUGAAGAUAAACUAGAGACAGGAAUGCACUUUGAUGUAUCCUACGUACAUCCUCUAUGGCAUAUAUGCAGAAGAUGUGAGGAGCUCAGUCAGGUAGUUGCACCGCUCUCUGCACCCAAUAAAACUCCAUUUAUGGAAAUACACGAUGCGUACAUACUUAGACCAUACCUAAUAAGUAAAGAUGAUAAUGAUAGCACAGUGCGAUCUACCAAUAUGAGAGAUUGCAUUGAUUUAUGGUUCAAAACUUGUGCUGAUGCUACAAUUAUCUACAGAAAAGAAGAUAGUCUUGAAUACUACAAUCUAGCCAAGGACUUUGAUAACUAUUUGAGAAUGUCUCAGAGAUUGCACUUUAUAGAAAUGAAAGUAAAAAAAACAGAAAAGGAAGAGUUACCCCAAUCUGAAGAAAUGAAAUCUACUGAAAGUAGUGAAAACAAUUCACUGCAGGAUAGUCAAAGUGAAUCUAAAGAAGCCAAAACUAGUGAAAGUAGUGAAAGCAAUCCAUUGCAGGAUAUGCCAAGUGAAUCUGAAGAAGAUGACUUUGUGAUGGUUCAAUUGGAAGAUGCUCAGUGA